CUUGUGACAGCUUUUCUGCAUGUUGUUGUGAAGAUUAACAACAGGUCUGGCUUGUUCAGAAAUUGUAAAGGUUAUUAUGCAAUGGUUGAAGCACAGGGAAGAGGAAUGUUGCACAUGCACAUGUUGCUGUGGGUGGAAGGGCAUCCAAAUCCCAACGAGCUCCAGAAAUUGAUGGUACACAGCAAGUCUUUCCAAAAUGAGGUGAUAAUGUGGUUGGAAGAUCUAAUAAAAUGUGAACUGCUUGGUGACUUGCUUACAGAUGAUACUCAGCAUUUGAAUCAAUUACAAAAGCCACAGUGCAGAACAGAGGAAUAUGACCCCCAAUUAGAGCAGGUGCCCCAGUUGAGUGAUCAUGAUGCAAAUACCUUUGCCAAUGCAUUCCAACUAUUUGUGCAUAGAUUAGCCAUCAAAUGUAACUGGCAUGAACACACACUGACAUGUUUUAAACAUCUUCAAGCAGGUGGGCAACUGGGGGAUGGUAAUUGUCACAUGCAAAUCAAUGGUUCUGUAUGCACUAUGUCUAGUCUUGAUGAUGAUACAAAGGCCAUUUUGCUGAGACAUGGUCAUCCUUGCAUCAAUAACUAUAAUGAUAUUGUAAUAUAUUUAAUGCAAUGUAACAUGGACAUCAAGUUUGUUGGCUCAGGUGUGGAUGCAAAGGCAUUGACAUACUACAUUAGUGACUACAUUACAAAGAAUGAUCUUCAGGUACAUGUUGGCUUACAAGCCAUUCAAGCAGUGAUGGAAAGUCAUGUGAAGAGGUUCAUGAACAAUGUUGAUGCAUCUGUAGCUGUGCACAAAAAAAACCUUCUGAUGAAGAUGAUAAACACCAUGAUGGGCAAGCACAAGAUAUCUCAUCAACAAGUAAUGAGCCAUCUGGUGUGGGGAGGGGAUUAUUAUACAAGCCAUCAAUUCCACACCAUUUGCUUUCACAAUUUCAUAGAUAUUGCUCAUGCACAUGAGCAACAUGUUGAUGGUUUCUGUAUUUGCCCUGAUCAUGGUCUUCCUGACUGUCCUGAUAACUUAUAUGGAGAAACAUGCUUGGCUUUUACAAGCCCUGGCUCCAUAUCAGUGGUCUCGGAUACCAUUGAUUACUUGAUGUGA